AUGAAGGCUACUUUCUAUCUCGCCGCAAUCCAGCUGCUGGUCAGCUCUGUUUGCGCUCUUCCGCUGCAGGACAGCCAGAUCCCAGGACAUCUCGACGCCCCCGCUGGCAGCGCUUGGGCGGAGAAGCGCCAGAGCACUUCGACUUGGAACCCCCCAGCUAAUCUUGUCAAGCCUCUCAACGAGGUCUGGGAGCACCAAAUGUCCACGUACAGCAACCCUAUGGGAUUCAAGAACUAUGGCUUCGACCAGGUCAUGGCAACCCGCGGUAAAAUCAACUAUUGUGUGCGCUGGGACUCGAACAAGAAGGUAACUGCCGCACAACGCAAGCAGAUCGCCACUGCGUUGAACCGCUCUUUCAAUAAGUGGAUCGCUGGACUUGCCGGCUUCGAUGGCUGGCCGUAUAAGACGGUGGAGGUGAAUGUCGUUGGGUACGCCGUGCGCGAUCGAUCCCUCCUGGAAGGCGACACCUCGGGACUAGAGAUCUACACCAACAAGGAUGAAGGCGGGAUCCCCGAAUGCGAUCCGGCGUGCGGACGGUUCUUCCACCAGGACGGUGAUUAUAGUCGUUGUCCAGCCGGUGCAAGUCGUCACUACGACCAGAGCCUAUGGCUCACCGAUGGCUUCCAGGGCGGCGCGGGUGGCGACUGGGGCCAGCGCGUGGGCCAAGAGUAUUUCAUGCAGAAUGUCAACUCGGAGAAUAUCCACAUUCAUCUGCAUGAGCUUGGACAUACGUUUGGCUUGGAUGAUUUCUACGACUGGACUCCCACUGGCCAAACGAACUUCAUCAUGCUGGCAGGGAGUGCGACACAGAUUACCGAGUUCGAUAUCUGGAUGCUCCGUGACUGGUGGCGCCAUCUGAAGAACCGGUACAAUCUGUAG